AUGUAUCAGCAACAAUAUGAAAUAUUUAUGGAUAAUAUUUUUGAACCACCACCAGAUUAUAGAAGAAUGAAUACAGCAGCACUAUCAUCCCCUACUUAUGAUAGUAGUAAUACAUCAAUAGAGAAUGACGUUAUUCCUCAGCAUCCUUCUCGGUCGCCUCUUCAUCAUCAACCUUCAUUAACUGAGAUAGUUUAUGAAGACUUGAACCGAAAUAAUGACAUGAAUGAAGUUGAAGGCAAUGAGAGUAUUUAUUAUGAGACUACUAUGUCUACAAUUAAUAAUGAUACAAGUCAAAUAGAUAGCUGUAGUAUUGCUACCUCGUCUUUAUUUACCGCCAUUGAUGAAUCAGACGAUAAUGACGAAAAUGAACAUGAUAGUUCAUCUAAUAAUAGUGACGCCUCUACUACAACGACCGAGAAACCUAUAAAAUUAUCAAACAUUAAUGAAUUAAUGAAAGACUUAAAUAUUCAACAUGAUGAAUGGGAAGAUUAUAGACCAAAGUAUAAAGCAUUAAAUGAUUCAUAUAUCAAUACAAAACAUGAAAUUUACAAAGAAAUAUAUACUACAAUGCAAAAAAUACAUGAAUUAGACGAUGACUUUAGUAACGUCAAAUUAAAAGUAUUUCAAUUCAAUAUGUUAGAAAAAGAUUAUAAAGAAAUGACGAGACGACUAUUAUAUCAAUGUCAAGAAUUAAUAAAACAAAAAGAAGCAUAUAAAAACGAUCAUUUGAUUACAACACUAAGAAAAAAAAGUCAACAACAGAAUAAUAAUGAAAAAAUAAGAUUAAAUAUUGGUGGAAAUGUAUUUGAGACAUCUUUAAGUACGUUACAACGUGACAGAAAUAGUUUAUUGGCUGCUAUGUUUUCAGGUAGGCAUCCAAAUAUGAUGUCAUCUUUGGAGGAUGAUGGAUCCUAUUUUAUAGAUCGAGAUCCUUCCCAUUUUCGAUUUAUAUUAAAUUAUUUAAGAGAUUUAAGGAUUCCACCUACUAUUUUACAAGAUUUAAAGAUUCGUCAAGAACUAUUACAAGAAGCAAAAUAUUAUCGAAUAGAAGGACUUCAAAAUAAUAAUUAUAGAAAUAAAGUAACUAUUGAUGAGAAUCAUGGUUAUGGAUUUUCUGUUAAGUAUUUUGAUAAUUAUAAAGUAGUUGAAAAUUUAAUUACCAAUGAAAAAUAUGCGCUUGUUUGCUGUAAUCAGUCAUUAUCCAAUUUUACAUUUUCGGGAUAUCAUGCAGUUGUAAAUACACCAUUGAAUUAUAUUGGAGUUGAAAAUGAAUUAGAAGUUUUACCCUUUUUUGAGCUUUUAGGUAUAAGUGAUAAAGUUAAAUUAAUUAAUCCAAGUGCAAAUAUAACAUCACCUUGUUUUAAUGGAAUUAAUUCAACGACAAUAACACCCGUCGAGGCUAUUUUCACAACCAAGUCAACAACUACAGUAGGUGGUCUACCACACUAUAUUAGUAUUUCCUCUGCAACCAGUGAAAACUUGACGCCUAUUCAGCAAUCAGCUUGGAUUCUAUUUAUCGCACACUUUUUUGAAAUUGAACAACGUGGAUUAGAUAUUUUUACUUCAAUUUCAGAUAAAUAUCAAUGCCAUCAGUCUAAUUUGAAGAAGGCAGGUACAAAAAAGAUUGCAUGGACUACAUAUGAUGUUAUAAAGAAAGUUUGGACAUUGAAUUAUGAUUUAUAUACAAGCAAAUUAAUUCAAGAUGCAGGAUUUGAACUUAUUGGAGUUAAUAAAAGGACAACCAGCUUUCAAAAUAUAACCUUAUUUCAUAACCAGCUUCAAAAUGUAGAAUAUAUUAUUGAUAAUACGGAUUUUUUGAAAUCAGAAAUUUCUUAUGCUGACUGGCUUUCUGCUAUCGAAUUGACACCUAACUCAAAUAAGUAUGACUUUUUGACUUUACAGAACGUAUACCGUACAGAUAAUUUGAUUAGUGCAUCAGGAUUUUCAGAUUGGUCUAUUCGUCAUCAUGCACGAGCGGAUCUUGCUCUAGCAGAUAUAAUACAUAUGGUUUAUAGUACUUAUGAACCUAGUUAUAAUAUGACUUGGCUUCGUGCAUUUGCACAAGCUGAUGGUCCUAAGUUUAUUACAAAUGAAAGUUAUCCUAGUUGUAGCGCAACAAGUCAAAUGGAGCGAUUAAAUUUAAAUAGGUGCACUUUACAACCCUUUCAACCAAAUAAAACAAACAACGAUGAAAUAAUAUUAGAGAAUCAAGAAGGAGGAAGUAAGAAUAGUAGUCUAUUAUCAUCCACAAGCAGUAAAGUGGGUGUAGCGAUUGGUGUUGUAGUAGGAAUAACAGCUAUUGGCGUGAUCAGUUUUUUUGCAUAUCAAAAACGAAGAGUAAAUAGAUUGAAGGGAAAGCAGGAAGGACGAUUUUAUAAAAUGAACGAUAUUGGUUCUUCACCCUAA